UUAAUGGUGUUAGUGUUGCAAUCACAUGUUUUGUAUUUCAGUGAGCAGCGCAAACAUACUAAACUGUUCCUACAUUUAAUUGUACUAUGUCCAAAACCACCACAAUUAUGACAAGCCAAAGACGUAAGAAAAAAUCGUUUUGCGGCCAAAGAGAAUUUCUUUCAAUGAUACACCAACUAAUGUACAAAUCUCAGGAGAAAAAGUUGGCAAUAAAUGUCCUUCGACAAGAGUUUAUAGCGGCACCUAGGCAAACGAAAGAACCUGCUAACAAGAAAAUUGAACCUCAAAGAAGCCUAUUCAGCACACGAAAGACUACAUUGAAGAAAAGCAGAAGUUUUGAAAAACCAAGUCAAGAUGAGCAAAAUUCCAUUGCUGUAGCUUUAUUACAAAAAGAUGCAUCAAAUUAGAUACUUCACUGUUAGAAAAAAUUUGUACCCAAUAGAA